UAAAGGAGGCUGGAACCGGGAGCAAAUGUCAUGCUUUCGAAAGAUGGAGAAAGUGAUUGUGUCCAUGCAGGACCCUGACAUGGGCAUGAAGAUGAGAAACCAGAGGCUCCUCAUCACUGUCAUUCCACACGCCAUGACAGGCCGCGAUAUAAUCGACUGGUUGAUCCAGAAAUACAAUAUCUGUGACGAGGAGGCACUUCACGUUGGCGGCAUGCUGGUGAGAUACGGGUAUAUUUACCCUCUCAAGGAGCCGAGAUCUCUUGUGCUAAGGCCUGAUGAGUCACCUUACCGCUUCCAAACUCCUUACUUCUGGACUAGUACCCGGUGGCCUGCCUCAGAGCUGGACUAUGCAAUCUAUUUGGCUAAAAAAAACAUAAGGAAACAGGGAGAACUCAUGGAAUAUGAAAAGGAGAGGUACAGCGUGUUGAACAAGAGGAUCAACCACACCUGGGACUUUGUGGUCAUGCAAGCCAGAGAGCAACUCAGAGCAUCCAAACAGAGACGGAAGGCUGACCGCAUUGUGCUAGAAUGUCAGGAGCAGGCUUACUGGCUCAUCAACAGACCUCCGUCUGGGAUGCGUAAUAUGUUGGACAUGGGUCUAGAGAGACCAAAUACCUUCAGCUCGCGAGUUACACUGAACAGUGACUACUACAAAAAUGAGAUUGAAACCUGUAAAAGGGCUCUCGGAAGAAACCGUGUAAAGUCAUCCAUCUGCCUAGAAGGAUUUGUUAAAUACAGCGAGCAGUACCUGAACCAUGAUCCCAUUAUGCAAGGCUGCCUUCCCAGUAACCCCUGGAUCUCUGAUGACACCGCGCAUUGGACGAUGAAUGCAGAAGUGGUGCCUACACCGACACGUCUUCGAGUGGAACGCUGGAGCUUCAGCUUCAUGGAGCUUCUCAAUGACUCCAUGGGGAAGCGUGAGUUCAUGACCUACCUGGAGAAAGAGUUUAGUGCGGAGAACUUGUGUUUCUGGCAGGCCUGUGAGGAUAUUAGACACGGAGAAAGUUCCAGGAUCAUACAGAAAGUGGAGGAGAUCUACAAAAAUUUCCUGGCUCCUGGAGCUGCACGUUGGGUCAACAUCGACAGUAAGACGAUGGAUAAAACUCUAACAGGGAUCAGACACCCACAUCGUUUUGUCAUGGAUGACGCACAAAUGCACAUCUACUUUCUCAUGAAGAAGGACUCUUACCCAAGAUAUCUUAAGUCUGACCUAUACAAGAACUUGCUGGCCAAAGCUAUUGUCCCCCAGGAGUCAAAGAAAAGUGUGUUCCCCUUCAUGAGACGUCAGAGGCAUGCUUGCCCCUCCCCUGCUCUGGUUGUCACCCAUGCGACAGAGGAAGACGGACAUGCCAAGGGGGCCGGGGAAGCAGGUACCAACUCCGCAGCUGGUUCCCAUGCCUGAUGCCGGUCUUUAAAAAAAAGUGUCAGAUUCAAUCACCUCCAUUUUCUCUGUUGGUCACCAUAGCAACCACCCAAGGAGUUCUCCUCUGCUUUUUCUUUCAAGUCUAACUGUCCAUGUGAAAGCCAGAGCGUUUCUUUCACCACUGCAACAUUAGCAGGGGUAGGAUUUCAACGUUAGAGCCUCCUCUCAAAGCACAGGUGUUAAUGCAUACCUCAGGAGCAUCGUAUCUUAUUUCCAGAGCACAAGCAGUGAACAGCAGAGGGAAAAAAGAGCUUUUAGUCCUACUGUUAGAGUUUAAUGCAGCAUAGUCAUCCUGCAUCCACAUCUCAUCUCAGCCCAGAAAGUAUGUCCUGUUGUUCUCCAAAGCUUUCUUUCUCCCCCAGCAGCUUUUAUAUAGAAUCAUAUAAAAUAAUCAGGUUCAGGCAAACGGUUGUCAUGUCUGUGAUUAUCGUACAGUUUGCUUGUUUUGUUCAUUCCACGCCAGAGCUUCACUUUCUGAUGGUUGUUGCUGUUAUUUUUGCCCGAGCAUGUUUUCAUCCCAAUAAAAUAUCACA